GCUCAUCGAUUCAUCUAUAGCCAAUAGAAACUCGGAUGGAUUAGAUGACUCCGAAUCAGACUUUCAACCUCAUGAUCUUAUUAAAAAAUUUAAGAAAUGGUCAAGUACUCAUGAUAUUUAUUCUUUGAAAAAAAUCAUCAAAGAUAACAAAAUAUCACAUAAAACGUUAAUUGAUUCUAUUGAAUUGUUAGCUGAUUCAUCUGUAUUUAAAUAUUAUAGUAUUGAGGUUAUCUCUGAGCUAGAAUUACACCUUCGCACAUUAGUUUCUCUUAUAGAAGUAAUCUGCAAAAGUGAAAUUCGGAUUAGACAUGAUUUAAGAGAAAAAAUUUAUGCCGAGUUAGGAAAAUUUGCUGAAAUACAUUUUCGAUCAACUGAAGUUAAUGAAGAAGGCUUUAAUAAAGUUUUUAAAUCAAAAUUUGAGGAUUUUAAUCCACAUUCAAGUGAUAGUAAAAUUCAUAAGGACGGAAAACGUAAUUACAAUAUUGAUUUCUUGUUAUUACAUUUGCGAGAUACUCUUCAUUGUAUAAAAGAUGAUGAGAAUAAAUUUUUGGACAUAUGGAAUAGAUCAAAAGCACUUCUUUACAUGAUAUUAGGUAUGACUCCAGGACUUGUAAGAACAGGAACUUCACACGGUGUAUAUUUACCUAUAAGCAAUGUACAAUUGUUGUUUAAACAUUUACAAGAAGCCUUUAAUUGGAAGUAUCCAAUUUCAUCAUGGUAUUAUGAAUGGAGAACACUACUUGAACUACAUUUUAAUAUUCAAAAUUUUCUUCAAGAAUGUUCACUUUCUUUAAAAUAUGGAGAAAGUCUAUUACUUGAAUGCUUAUGGCAUUGUGUAUCAAAAAGUUGGCCAAAUUCAAUAUCUCAAUCAGAAACUCUUAUAAAUAAAAAACAUUUUGUCAACAAUCUUUUAGGGAUGGAACCUAUUGCAUUUCCACAUACUUUAUGGUUUGGAGCUCUUGAUAUUGCACAAGAUUUAAUUUCAAAAACUCAAAGGGAUUCAACAUUAGGCAUUUGUUAUUAUUUAGCAUUAGAAUCUUUGCAAAAAGCACCUUCAUCUUUUAUUAGUUUCAAAGCUACUGAAGUUUUGAUUAAAUUGUCAAAAAGAAAUUUGCUAUUUUACAGCAUUAUCGAAAAUGAUUUUAAAGAUUAUAAACACUCUUUAGAUUCAGGAAAAGGGAUAAAUUUUCAUCAUAUGAUUGAAGCAAUUCAUGUAAAAGUUUCUCAAGAUGAAAAAUUAGUAGGCACUAACGGUAACAAUAUAAAUAAUUUAAAAAAGAAAGGGAAGGCUAUUGCAACAUAUAACUUAAUAUCGCCUUAUACCAUAACUUCAAGUGAUAAUUUUAUUUCAGAUAUUGUAACUACAGAAUUAUCUUGUCCAAUAACUUAUCAAAUACCAAGCAAUUUUCAAAUUUUACCCUGUGAACAUUCAAUUAGUCCUGAAGCAUUGCAACGAAUUAUUAACAAAACUUCCAAGCCAACUUGUCCAUUAUGUCGAAAAAUUAUUGAUUUAAAUUCCGUAAUUAAUUUACCACAAUCAGCAAUUUAUCAAGGAAUCCGUAAUUAUUUGUCUGAAGAAAAUAAUAAUAACGUUGUUCAAGAUUACAACAAAAAUAUUUCAGAUGCUAUUAGUGAUGAUGAAGAAAUUAACAUGUCUAAACUUAAAUCUCAGAAAAAAAUUAAAGCAUCUGAUUCAACAGAGAACUUGAAACAACUAUUAAUGCACUUACAGAAAUUCUUAAAGAUUAUCCCACAAGCUAUUCAUUACAAUGUUAUCGGGCAAAAGUAUUUAUAG